UUCACCUAAAUCAAGAUCUGAUGUUUUGAAAUCAAAACAACCCAACAUUUGACCAAGAUGGCACCGGUGGAUCUGUCUACUACUAGUCUCCGGCCAUUCAAGAUCAGUGAUGUCGAUGAUUUUUUCUUGUGGGCAGGGGAUGAUCAAGUGACUAGAAAUCUCCGAUGGAAAACGUGUGGCUCCAAGGAAGAGGCUUUGGCCUUCAUAAGGGAUGUUUGCAUACCUCAUCCAUGGCGUCGUUCAAUCUGCCUUGAUGACUGUUCCAUCGGCUUUAUUUCAGUAUUUCCUUGGUCAGGUGAAGAAAGGCACAAGGCCGACAUAGGCUAUGCCAUUGGGAGGACCUACUGGGGCCAAGGGAUAGUCACCAAAGCGCUCAAGAUUGCUGUGCCUCAAGUCUUCAAGGACUUUCCCAAUUUGCUGAGGUUGCAGGCUUUUGUUGACGUUGAAAACAAAGCUUCUCAGAGGGUGUUGGAAAAAGUUGGAUUCAUCAGAGAGGGUGUUCUCAGAAAGUAUAUUUGUAUUAAAGGGGUGAUUAAGGAUUCUGUUCUGUAUAGUUUCUUGUCAACGGAAGAAGUUCUUGCCGGUGACUAGAUUACUUCUGGUAAUAUUUGGUCUUGUCUGGUGCAAAUAAUGUUAGAUUCAUUGUAAUAUGUAUUUUGUGUAUAAUGCUUUCCGUGAA